UCAGCUGUUAUAUUAUUAUAUUGUCAUAAUAUUGUUGUGUCAAAGCGUAUAUUUAAAGGGUUCUCUAAGAAAAUAAGAAUUAUGAGUGAUACCGACGAUACCCAGUCUGAAAGGUCAGUGGAAGAAACAAAGAAAAGGAAACGAGGGGUUAGAAAUGACAAAAAUUAUAAAAGGAAUGUAAUCAAAAGGUGCAGAGUUCAGGGAAAGGUUUACGCAAAUUACAAGGAAAAUGCUGUAUAUGCAAGAAAGCUUGGCGACGGAUUCCGUUGUCCAAUAAAAUGCUUUGAAAAAUUGAACGAUGAUAUAAAAGAUGCGCUUUUUACUCCCUUUUGUGCCCUUAACACUAAGGAAGAUCAGGAUAUAUAUUUGCAAGGUCUUUUAGAAGUAGUUAACAUUAAAUGAAAAUCUCAACCACAACAUCCAGAGAACUCCAGAG